ACAGCUACGGCUACUCUGGCGGCUACAGCGGCGGCUACGGCGGCGGCGGCGCGGGCGGCUACGGCGGCGGAGCCGGCGGCUACGGUGGCGGUGGCUACGGCGGCGGUGAGUGUUGUGCCUGUGCUCGCAUGCCAGCGUCGUGCCUGUGCUCAUCCCUUCUCAUUCCUUUUGCAGGCGCCGGUGGCUACGGCGGCGGCGGCUACGGCGGCGGCGCGGGCGGCGGCUUCGGCGGCGGCGACCGCAUGGGCGCGCUCGGUGCCGGUCUGAACAAGAUCGACUGGACUGCCGGCACGCUCUCGCACUUCGAGAAGAACUUCUACGUCGAGGACAAGCGCGUGACGGCGCGCUCGGACCGCGAGGUGCAGGAGUUCCGCACGGCCAAGCAGAUGUCGAUCCAGGGCCAGAACAUCCCCAAGCCGGUGCAGUCGUUCGACGAGGCCGGCUUCCCCGACUACAUCAUGUCCGAGAUCCGCAAGAUGGGCUUCACCGAGCCGUCGGCCAUCCAGGCGCAGGCGUGGCCCGUGGCGCUGCAGGGCCGCGACAUUGUCGCCAUCGCCGAGACGGGCUCCGGCAAGACGAUCGGCUUUGCCCUGCCCGCCAUGGUGCACAUCAACGCUCAGGCGCUGCUCGCGCCCGGCGACGGCCCGAUUGCGCUGAUUCUCGCGCCGACGCGCGAGCUGGCCGUGCAGAUCCAGCAGGAGUGCGCGCGCUUCGGCGGCUCGUCGCGCAUCCGCAACUGCGCCGUGUACGGCGGCGUGCCCAAGGGCCCGCAGAUCCGCGACCUGCAGCGCGGCGCCGAGAUUGUCAUUGCGACGCCCGGCCGGCUGAUCGACAUGCUCGAGGCGGGCAAGCUGAACCUGCGCCGCGUCACCUACCUCGUCAUGGACGAGGCGGACCGCAUGCUCGACAUGGGCUUCGAGCCGCAGAUCCGCAAGAUUCUCAGCCAGAUCCGCCCCGACAAGCAGACGUGCAUGUUCUCCGCCACGUGGCCCAAGGAGGUGCAGCGUCUCGCCAACGACUUCCUCAACAACUUCAUCCAGGUCAACAUCGGCUCCAUCGAGCUCGCGGCCAACCACAACGUCAAGCAGGUCAUCGAGGUGUGCACCGACUUUGAGAAGCGCGGCCGUCUCAUCAAGCACCUCGACCACAUUUCGCAGGAGAAUGCAAAGGUGCUCAUCUUCACCGGCACGAAGCGCGUCGCCGACGACCUCACAAAGUACCUGCGCCAAGACGGCUGGCCCGCGCUCGCCAUCCACGGCGACAAGCAGCAGCAGGAGCGCGACUGGGUGCUCGCCGAGUUCAAGAGCGGCCGCAGCCCCAUCAUGGUCGCCACGGCAGUCGCAAGUCGCGGUCUCGGUACGUAGCUGCUCCGCCUCCUCUCCCUCUUCCUCUUUCUCCUUCGUCGCCUCCCCCUCUUUGGCUUCGUUUUUGGUUGUGCUCGAGAGCGAGACAGAGUCCUACGCGCAGAGCUUGCUGGCGCCUUCCCCCGAGGCGUCGAGCAAGCCGGGAGGUGAGUAAGGUCUAGGCCACGAGCGCCGGCCGCUGCUGCUCGUCGCAGCAGCUGCCUGCGCUCCCCGCACAAGUGGCAGCGCGCCCGUCUCUUGCCAGUGCGCCGACCUUUCGCGCACGCGCAAG